AUGAGACCUCAGAGAACGUCGAUCCACGCCGUCUCGUCAUGGGUGAGGCGACAACCCCCAAAGGUGAAGGCUUUUCUCGCCGUCGUUUCCGGCAUGGCGGCUCUUGCCCUCCUCCGUUUCAUCGUCCACGACCACGACAACCUCUUCGUUGCUGCCGAAGCUGUCCACUCCCUCGGAAUUUCAGUCCUCAUCUAUAAGCUCAUGAAGGAGAAGACUUGCGCUGGGUUAUCACUCAAAUCCCAGGAAUUAACAGCUAUCUUUUUGGCUGUUAGGCUUUACUGCAGUUUUGUCAUGGAAUAUGAUAUCCACACCAUACUUGAUUUCGCUACUUUCAUAACAACACUGUGGGUUAUAUAUAUGAUUCGUUUUAAGCUGAAGGCUAGUUACAUGGAGGAGAAGGAUAACUUUGCAAUAUACUACGUGGUGAUACCCUGUGCUGUCUUAGCGUUGCUUAUUCAUCCAUCAACUUCUCAUCAUUUAUUGAACAGGAUUUCGUGGGCAUUCUGUGUAUAUCUGGAAGCUGUCUCAGUCCUGCCCCAACUGCGGGUCAUGCAGAACACCAAGAUUGUUGAGCCAUUCACAGCUCAUUACGUAUUUGCACUGGGUGUAGCAAGAUUCUUGAGCUGUGCACAUUGGGUUCUUCAGGUGUUAGAUAGCCGAGGGCAUUUGUUGGUAGCCUUGGGGUAUGGUUUAUGGCCAUCAAUGGUUCUUAUCUCAGAAAUUGUCCAGACUUUCAUCUUAGCAGAUUUCUGUUACUAUUACGUCAAAAGUGUUUUCGGGGGACAGCUUGUUCUACGUCUUCCCUCUGGAGUGGUGUGA